AACUGAUAAGCAAUGAGAAGAUUAGACUACGGGAAUCUACUUACCAACAAGAUAGCACAGCCAGACAACGUGCCGUUCUUUCCUCCCCACGUUUUAACCUCCUUCUUGUUAAGGGAGGUUGCCUUCUGCCUGCCUUCUGAGUUUUAGUGAAUAUGUAGAAAAUAUCAAGAUUCCUACACUCCCCGCCCAGAAAGCUCCCCCUCGACUCGAUUCUAGCUAAAUGUUGUCCUUCUAUUUGCUCGCUUUCAUCAUCCGGGCGCUUAGGAGACAGCGAGGCAGGCUUUGAAUGAGAAAGAGAAGCUAGCGCACAUGUGGCUGUGGUGAUUUCAGGGACAGAGAUGGCUCGCCAACUUCACAGGGAGAUCCAGCGCGACGUGGAAGAGCUGGUCACCCAGGGCAACAUGAGGCCCCACCUGGGGGUUAUCCUAGUGGGUGACGACCCUGCCAGUCGAACCUAUGUGAAGAACAAGACCCGGGCCGCCAGCAUACUGGGUAUCUCCAGCGACACGGUGGUGCGGCCAGGCACGGUGUCCCAGAAGGAGCUUCUGGGGAUCAUCGACCAGAUGAACCGCGACUGGAGGGUCAGCGGGUUGCUAGUGCAGCUGCCUCUCCCAGCCCACAUAGACGAGCGCGCGGUGUGCAACGCCAUCGCCCCGGAGAAGGACGUGGACGGCUUCCACAUCGUCAACAUCGGCAAGCUGUGCCUGGACCAGCGGUCCAUGAUCCCAGCCACCCCAGCUGCCGUCUGGGAGAUCAUCAGACGGGCAGGUAUAGAAACAGCGGGAAAGAAUGUUGUCGUUGCCGGGCGAUCCAAAAAUGUCGGCAUGCCCAUCGCCAUGUUGCUGCACACCGACCGAUACCAUGAACGUCCAGGCGGUGAUGCCACGGUAACCAUUGCCCACAGAUGUACGCCCAGGGAGCGGCUGAAGGAACUGACUGGCUUGGCCGACAUCGUCAUAGCAGCCGCGGGCAUCCCUGGUCUCAUCACGGCAGACAUGGUCAAAGACGGCGCAACGGUCAUCGAUGUCGGCAUAAACCGUGUCCGGGACCAGAAGACGGGCAAGAUGAGACUCAUUGGCGAUGUGGACUUUGAGGCUGUGAAGGAGAAGGCGGCCUUCAUCACCCCUGUGCCGGGGGGAGUGGGGCCCAUGACGGUCGCCAUGCUGAUGAAGAACACUGUGAUGGCGGCACGCAACGCACUCACACAUUGAUGCGCGUGCACGCCAACACACAC